AUGGCCGGUCGUUUCGUACGCUCCUCCAAAUAUCGGCACGUGUUCGGCCGUCCGACUCGCAAGGAACAAUGCUAUGACAACGUGAGGGUAUCGAAGAAUGCUUGGGACACGAACUUGAUCAAGGCAAACCCAGAGUACCUCGCACUCAAUUGGGACAGCAGCGGUGGCGGUGCGUUUGCCGUCAUCCCUACGAAAGAGAGAGGCCGUCUGCCCGAACGCAUACCGCUCUUCAGAGGACAUACUGCCGUGGUUUUGGACACAGAUUGGAACCCUUUCAAUGACUCGUUGAUCGCUUCGGGAUCGGAUGACGGCAAGGUGUUCCUGUGGAGAGUCCCGGACGACUUCACGCUGCACCUCGACAUUCCUGCAGAUGAGGUCCAGGAUAUCGCUCCUGUUGGCAAACUAAGCGGUCACCCAAAGAAAGUGGGACACGUGCUCUUCAACCCUGCCGCCGAGAAUAUCCUAGCAUCCGCAGCCGGUGAUUUUACGGUCAAGAUAUGGGAUAUAGAGUCCGGCUCCUCCAAGUUGUCGCUCAAAGUCGGCGAGGUGAUCCAGUCUCUUUCAUGGAGUGCGAACGGUUCGCUUCUGGUGACGACGUCCCGAGACAAGAAAUUGAGAAUAUGGGACACAAGACAAGAAAAGCCCGUUCAUGAAGGGCCAGGCCAUGCAGGUGCAAAAAACAGUCGCGCCGUGUGGAUGGGAGAACACGACCGUAUCGCUACAACCGGCUUUUCCAGAAUGAGCGACCGUCAGCUUGCGCUUUGGGACGUCCGCAACGCGCAAGAACCCAUCGACGGGUUCCAAAUGCUUGACUCGAUAUCAGGCGUCUGCAUGCCCUUCUGGGACGAAGGUACCCAGUGUCUAUUCCUCGCAGGCAGAGGUGACGGCAACAUCCGGUAUUACGAAUAUGAGCACGACAAGUUCGAAUACCUGUCCGAGUACAAGUCGUCCGAUCCUCAGCGCGGCGUGGCUUUCAUCCCCAAAAGGGGAGUUAACCUACAUGAAAACGAGGUUGCUCGUGCAUACAAGACGGUGAAUGACAAUUACAUUGAGCCCAUUUCUUUCAUUGUGCCUCGGAGAGCAGAGACGUUUCAAGAAGAUAUCUAUCCCCCGACCGUUGGUCUGAAGCCAGCCAUGAGCAGCAAAGAAUGGCUCGAUGGAUCCGAGGGACUGCCGCCAAAAAUUUCCAUGGAAAGUCUUUAUGAGGGUACCGGUGUGAAGGAGGUCGCCACGGAUGAGGUCAAGCCGGUCAAAAAGGCACCCGCACCCGUCAAGGCCGCCGAACCAAAGAAAGAAGUUCCUGAGCCAGUACCAGAACCGACCCCGGUGGCAAUUCGAUCUCCUCCUCCGUCCAUGAAGGAACAAGGUGCCACAAUGAUGGGUGCUGCCGACAAAUUCAAGGAUUCCGAACCUACGGAAGGAGGAGACGACGAGUCAGAUUUCGAGGAGGUCCAGAAGCCUGUGGAACGGACAACCGCAACCAAACCUGCCGCCGUCUCUGAAGAGAAGAAGGAGCCUUCUCCCGCGCCUGUCGCGAGCAAAGUAUGGGAAGAUGCCGAGGAGCUUGAGCCUGCUCCCAAACACAAGAUGACCGAAACGGAAAUGCCCGACGAACAGACCGUCGAAGAGGGUGAAGCAUCCAACAUCGCCGAGCCGACCCUGUCGUCAGACUCCAUGGAGCGCGAGAUGAAGAACGUGAAGGCCCUGAUCGCCCAGCAGUCGCGGCAGCUGAGCAGCCUGACCAAGACGGUCACGGAACUGGUGGCGGAAGUGAAAGCUUUGAAAAGAUCAUAG